UACUCAGUGACAGACGUACCAGAGUGGCUGUCCGCUGCAUCUAACAAAACGACAUAACAACGUACCCUUCUGUUUUGAGAUGGGUAAACUAAAGCAAAAAAGGCGCGAAAUCACCGCGUUGUAGCUCGCGCUUGGCGGGAAUUCCAGUUAUAGAUUAAACGCACAACAAAUGUUUUGUUUAAAACCACUUUACUCCGGUAUUAAUAGUGGGGCUAAUUGACCGUCUAAAGCUCUGUAAACAAUAAUUGAUACGAUGUGGGUGGUUACAUGCUUGUCAGAAGGCGAUUUGUAAAAAUGCGAUUGCGCAUAUUUUUAGCAAGGACGACUUAAUGCCGGUAAACACUUCUCCACUACAUCAGAUAAAGAGGGCUCUCGGAAUACGAUCACCAUAACGAACUCGCUUAUAAAGAAGCAACCUUGUGCCGUAGCUCGGAAUACUAUCAUGAUGAUGUCCAUGAGUGGUGGUUCUCAGUGCCUGGAGAAAGCUGAGCGCAUGAAGCCACCCCACUCGUACAUAGCUCUGAUUGCUACCGCAAUUCUCAACUCCCCCGAGAAAAGGCUUACGUUAACCGAGAUUAACGAGUACUUAGUGAAGCAUUAUGUCUUCUUCAGAGGAUCAUAUCAAGGGUGGAAGAACUCCGUCAGGCAUAACUUAUCCUUUAAUAAGUGCUUCGUGAAGAUUUUACGAGAUCCAGCAAGACCUUGGGGGAAAGAUAAUUACUGGACGGUCAGCUCACUUAGUGAUUACCUUCUCAGCGAUGGUUCCUUCAGGAGAAGACGGAGGCGCAAGCCUAAGAAGAGAGACUUUGAUUCUAGUCCUGCGGAUGAGAGCCUAGAGCAGGCAAGCUUAGAAGAGCUAGGGACUAACCGGCAAGGACUUUACCUUCCCCGACUGUCCCCUAAGUGCCGAGAGACCGACACAACUAUGCGCGCAUCUCAAUCCACCGCGACUUCACCUAAAUUCCGUGGCUCGUUUUCUAUAGAGAAUAUUCUAUCGGGUGAAAAACAAGAAAAGAAAUCUUCAGACGAACACCAGGAUAUCCACCCUCUCGUCCAUCGCCAGCAUCGCCCCGAAACGGGGGCUCUCCCGCAAAGCCAACCAACACAAUACCCUUCGUCCAAAGGAGGAUAUGUGCUCGUGGAGACCCGCGGGUUAUUGCCGCCCGUCCCGCAAACCUGCGAAGUAUGGAGCUCGUACCAUCAUUAUAACCCACACUACUGCUACUGCUACCACUAGAUGAAGCUACUUUCUUCAUUUUAACACGAUAAUUGGUGAUCUGGGGCUAUCCACAAGAACCUUCCCUCGCAUUCUUGCGAAGUAUGAUUCUACCAUCUUUAAAACGCGACAAUUGGUGAGCUGGGCAACUGAAGAAUUCCAAGGGUAGAAGAACUUGUAAGCGCUGAAGGUGAAGAUAAAGACUAUAUGACAAUUCAGUAGUUUUUAGAAACCUUACUUUGCGUUUAAACUCUCCCAAGAAGCUCUUGGCAGUAUAUACAUUACAAGGUUUAGAACAGGUUUAAACUGCUGUUCGAAAGGAUGGCAAAUGGGAUGUAGGACAUUUUAUCUAAUACGUGGAUAAAUUUGUUAAAAAAACACACUCUCCGGUGUUUAUGUGAUUCGAAUAAGCAUCUAAUGAUUCGGAAAUUCCUGUAAAUAGCAGUCCCUGUGGUGCUCUAGCUUGCGACAUGAAAGCAUUUCGUAUUUCUUUGCGUAAAUUUGACCAAACAUACACAAAAUCAUACGCGGUUUUUGUAACUACACUCGUUAGUAUUUCCUCUUCGAUAUAUUUAACUAUUCACACCAACAUAUCAGUAUUGCAAAUGAAGGUAAAAUUUUAUUGUACAUUUAAACGAAAUGUUUUGUAAACCAAACUUCCACGAUUUUUACAUUAUCAACGUGAUUUUGGUAAAUUCGUCUCACUAUUAUUUAAACAAUAUUUCAGUAUAGCGUCCUUUCUUUUCUUUCUACAAUGCGUUUGUAUCACUGCCUAUAUUGAAGCUUCUAUAAGCAAUAAUUGUAAAGCAACAAGUGAACAAGCCGCCUUUGGUUCGCCUUGGACUCCUUUUUGUUAAUGUAGUCCAAGUUAAACACCUCUUUCUUAUCUUUAUUGCAGCUAUGCUUUUUCACACUCGUUUAGAAAUGUAAUUUUAAUACAAGUUAUUGUGAAAAUGUCUGAUUAGGCUUCCAACGAGGUAUUUAAAACUAGAGUUUGGCGUAAUUUAGGGUUUUUCUUGGUUGCAUGAUGCGUAUUUCCUUCGGAGAGGAAGCAUGGCGUCGUUCUGUCUGGAUCACAUAGCAUUGGUAUUUCGUCUUCUUUUCUAAUGAAAUAAAAGUAUUGUACACUUUAAUAUGUACAAUCCUAUAGUUUUGGAAGCAAAGUUUCAAUAUUCAAGUCAGUAAAUCGGAAAAAGGAUAUUUAAAAACCUCUAAAUUUAUAGGCUUAAUAUCCCUUAUCAAAAUGUCCUUUGAUCGCUUGCCUCGUAUCACUCCUAAACCCUCGAAGGCGCGAGCAACUUGUGUACAUUUAAAGAUACACAUUUUUCAGAAAUGAAACUAUGAGCAAGACAGAUUAUAGAGGGUUUUCUUUUUGUGAAGGUAAUUAAAUCUAGUAGCAGGCCCAGCGUAGAGCGGAAACCAUUAAUUCACUGGGAUGCCCUGUCUGACUGUAAUUGAUUUUGGAAAACAAAUUGCAUUCUAACCCAACUCGCACAAUGAUGUUUGCAUUACUCGAUUUCCUAACUUAAGCGAUUUCUGAUUUUGAUGUAAAUAAAAGAGUUUCUGCCAUACACUUGUUCGUUUAAGGACUAAGGAAAGUAAAUUCGUAAUUUUAUGGUGUGCAUACAUAACAGAUAAUCGAUUAUGAAGUUCAUCUUAGCUUUGACAGUAUCCAGAAAUUGUAAUAUGUACAUAAAACCAUGAGGAAUAAAGUGCAAAUUCAAA